AUUGAAAUUGUUGACAUUGUCAUUUGUCAAAUUGAGAAUAAUAAUGAAAUUCUUAAUGAUGUAAAUAAAUGGAAAGAUAAUGGAUAAGCCCAAUUUAAGCCAGUAUUUCGGGGGUUCGGAGGUCCCGCCUGCGUCGCAGUUUUUCGAUGAAAUAGGAACAUCGCCAUCUGACAUGAUACAAAGUGUUUAUUUGGGAGAUUCUGAAGGCACGCAACCUGUGACAGCAGGGACGUUUUCAGCAAAUAUGACAACAUCAUUUUCACAACUAAAGGAAUCACAAGAGAUCAGUUUCACAAAUGUUGUGCCGACGGUGAGCAGUUCUGCAGCUAUACCUGCGGCCAGUUUACCUGAUCCAUCUACAUUCUUUGACACUAUAGGCCCUGAACCUCAAAUAGGGCCAAACAAAAGCAAUGUCAUGUCAACUUCUGUCCUAAGUGAGGCUAUGGACGGGUUAAGCAUAAAGAACCAACCAGUUGAUAAGGAAGCAGAGAGGAGGAGGGACGCUUGGAUACCUAAUGAAGAAGCCAAGAAAACACUAUUGAAGGCACAAUCUUCACCAAAAGGCUCAUUUUUCCCAGAGAGAGAAGUGUUAACAAUGCCAGGCCUUGUUUUAGAAGAGGAGUUGGCAGAUGCUCUUCAAGAGGUAGCGGUCAAGUAUUUGGGGGUCAGCUCAGCAGGCAGUCGAGGAGUAGUCAGGGCGGAGCAUGUGAGCAGAGAUGAAGCAGGACUGAGGGAGCUUCUGCGGACGGGGUACUUGCGCGCUGCUGUGAAUCUUACUGCAACACUCAUCAAUGCUGCUGGCCAAGGUGCCGGGCGCAUGCACCGGCCUACGAAGCACACGCCGCGCUCGUUGCAGCUGUGGCUCACUCGCUUCGCUGUCAUGUGCCGCAUCAAACUGUACGAGCCUCUGACCAAGGAGGCCGAGCCCUUUGGGGACUUCAGCAAACCGGAUAUGUUUUAUCAGUUCUACCCCGAUGCAUACUCGCACCGCAGCGGCUCGCUGGUACCGUUCUCGCUGCGUGUGCUGGUCGCCGAGCUACCGGCGCACGUCGGCAAGCCCGAGGACGCCAUGGACAGGCUAUACGCCAUGCUGCACGUUAUACAGCAGAUGAUUUCGAACUUAAAUGAUGGGAAAACUGAAGAUGGCAGUGGGACCAUUACAUCGGAUGACAGGAUCGAAUCUCUGCGUCUAUGGACGGGCAGACAAACUAGAGUUUUGCACUCUGUGGUCAACUGUGCUAUCGCUUUGAAGGACUACAGAUUAGCAACAAAAAUUCUCACAACUCUACGAGACGAGAGCGCGACACCGCAGCAACAGAGGGCGUUGUCUAGCGCGCUGUGUCGAGUGUCGCUGCUGGCGGGACACGUGCGCGCCGCUCUCGGACACUCGAUCACUGCCAAGGAGGCCCGACACCACAUCUGCCCGACGCCGGACGUGCGCGAGUACGUGGACCUGGGGCUCAUAGACAUCGCGCACGGCAAGUACCAGGACGCGUACAACAACUUCGCGCGCGCCAACGACCAGGAGCCCACCAACAUUAUGGUAGCCAACAACUUAGCAGUGUGUCUCCUCUACAUGGGGCGUCUCAAGGAAGCGAUAUCGGUGCUUCAAAAAGCGAUAUAUUCGGACCCCGAACGAGGCCUCAACGAAAGCCUUCUCGUCAACCUGUGCACCCUGUAUGAGCUGGAGUCAUCCAAGACAAACGAAAAGAAACUCAACUUGUUGAGAAUGUUAUGCAAACACAAGAGUGAUACUAUACCUAACGUUUUAGAGUGUUUAAAGUUAACUUAGUUAAACCACAUUUAACUACCUAUAUGAGGAUUAUUGUGCACUCUUCAUGAACUUGAGUCAUCCAAUGAAAAGAAACUCGACUUGUUGAGAAUGCUGUGCAAACACAAGAGAGACACUAUACCUAACGUUUUAGAGUGCUUAAAGUUAAUUAACUUAGUUAAACCAUGUUCAACUACCUAUAUGAGGAUUAUUGUGCACUCUUUAUGAACUUGAGUCAUCCAACGAAAAGAAUCUCAACUUGUUGAGAAUACUGUGCAAACACAAGAGGGACACUAUACAUAACAUUUUAGAGUGUUUAAAGUUAACACAGUUAAACCACGUCAACUACCUUUAAUGGGGAUUAUUGUGCACUCUUCAUGAACUUGAGUCAUCCAAUGAAAAGAAACUCGACUUGUUGAGAAUGUUUUGCAAUCAAGAGUGACACUGUACCUAAAAUUUUAGAGUAUUUAUAGCUAACUUACUUCAACCACGUUCAACUACCUAUAGUUAACUUAGUCAAACUAUAUGAGAAUCUUUAUUAACUUGUGCAAUCUUUAUGCUUUUGUUGAUAUUUGAUAUUUGAUGGUCAUCAAAAAUCAACAAAAAGAAACUCAACUUACUGAGAAUGUCGUGCAAACACAAGUUCUAGAGUGUUUCAUGUUAAGUUAGACAUAGAGGGAGGCCCUGUAUAAUUAUAAUAUAUACUGCUUACAAAAUGGGCCGGUAAUGAUAAUGGUGUUGAAUGCUAUGCCUUUUAAGUAAGGUUCCUCCUUUCCCUCCUACUAAGAUAAAAAGCCUGUGCUAGGGGUGCAUCAAUAAUGUAACCUGAAUGAACGUAAGAUCGGUGAUCGGUGCCUUGACUACGAUCUUACCUGAUGAUAAGUGAUGAUGUUACCUAAGAUGUUACGCUAAGAUAGAAGCGCGCUAAAUUGUUAGGAGGAUGAAAAUCCACACCCCUUUCGGUUUCUACACGAUAUCGUACCGGAACGCUAAAUCGCUUGGCGGCACGUCUUUGUCGGUAGGGUGAUUUGAAAGGACUUUUUAAAAACUUAAAUUAUUUAUUAACCGAAAAAAUCUUUAAUUAAAAAAAAAACAUUUAUUAAGAAAAUAUAAUGAUAAGUUAAUGA